AUGAAUUGGGUCAUGUUGUUGGUUUUUGGCAUGAACAUACCCGGCCUGACCGAGAUGAGCAUGUGA